UUUAUUCCCCACAUAAGUUGGUUAUGGGCAAAAAAGAGAACAACCAUGAAACCCUAGAUGACUCCUACUGUUUCAUCACUUCAUGUUCGCUCUCAAUCUAAACAUUCCAACCACAUCAAAACCUCAAUUUCCCCAAAACCCACAACCAAACCCUCAAAAUGGCUCUAGGGUUUCACCUCCUCCAUCCCAAAAUCUUCUCACACCUAACAAAAUUCCACACCCAGUCCCCCUUCCCCUCCAUAACCCAUCUCACCAUCAACACAUCCAACAAACCCCAAAUCUCCUGCACCAAAAGCGUCAACGAUUCAGAGCUCGUAUCAGAUUUAGCCGCCGAGGUAGAGAAGAUGGAUAGCCAUCAGUUGCAGAGAGAAGAGGCGAUGAAGAAGAGCAGACAACUGUUGUUCACAGAGCUCUGUGAGUACUUGGGGUUGAAACCAGAGGAACUGAAGAAGAAAUGGAAGAAAAUGGAUGAUGAUGAAGAAGAUGGUGGUGGUGGUGAAGAGGACAAGUGGGUUUUGGUUAAAGGGUUUGUUUCAGAGUGGGGUGUGAAUUUUCAUCCAUUGUCAGCUAGGUCUGUUAAAGAAAUGGUUGAAGAACAUAUAGCUGAGGAUAAGCAUCACAACCCAACUCCACAUUCUUCUUCUUCUUCUUCUUCUUCUUCUAACAAAUAGAGAAUCAAUUAUUAUUGAUUUUGCUUGUUGUGAUAUUAGAGAUUCCUUGUGGUGGUUUAUAACUCUCAAUUUUCCUUGGAUAUAUCAUCAUUUUUCUUCA